UAAUGACUUCAAACAAGUUGAUUUUCGCCGGGCUCUGACUUUUACACGGAGAACACGCGUGGGGAUGUUGUCUAACGCUCUCUCCUCUCAGUGGCAUUUAUGUGAUGUCUUCAAGAGAGCGAUGUGCUGUAUCUCCUGUGGCCACACCCUCUCACUACUGCUGUGCGUCCUCACCCUGACUCCGACGGCGGCGGGGGCGGGGCCGGAGACCCUGUGCGGGGCGGAGCUGGUCGACACGCUGCAGUUUGUGUGCGGGGAGAGAGGCUUUUAUUUCAGUAAACCAGGCUAUGGCUACAACACACGGCGGCCAAGUGGCAUUGUGGACGAGUGCUGCUUCCAAAGCUGUGAGCUGCGGCGCCUGGAGAUGUACUGUGCGCCUGCCAAGACAAGCAAGGCGGCACGCUCUGUGCGCGCUCAGCGCCACACGGACAUGCCGAGGGCACCGAAGGUCAGCACCGCAGGGCACAAGGCGGACAAGGGCACAGAGCGUAGGACAGCACAGCAGCAGGACAAGUCAAAAAACAAGAAGAGACCUUUACCUGGACAAAGUCACCCAUCCUUUAAGGAUGUGCAUCAGAAGAACUCAAGUCGAGGCAACACGGGGGGCAGGAAUUACAGAAUGUAGGGACGGCGUGGAUGGACAAACGCCCAGUGACUUGGGAAGAGAGAAGGGAGUGGCCUUACCUGGUACCCCUGUGGAAUGGUUCACUGUAAAACAAAACAAAGAAGAUGCUAGCAAUGGUCCGAAAGGCUCUUAAAAAAUGAUAAAAACCCGAGGGCUGAGUGCUGUUUAAGGGUUUGAUGAGGGAUCUUGUGAUUAUUAUAUACACUGCACCAUUCCAUAUAGGGAGGAAUUCUUUGUUAAUGCAAUGUAACAGACUAGUUUAGCUGCUAAGACACGAACAAGAGCUUAUUAUACCUCUGUGUGUGAGCUGCAGCAUCCCUUAGCUCCAGGAAAGGUGGGAAACGGAUUUGGGCUUCAGCCAUUCAGAGAGCGGCAGACUAUGUUUAAAGAAUGAGUGGUCCAUCCCAACCCUCAAACUUUCCAGAGGUAAAUCCGUUUACUCUGAGAGAGUGGGUUUAUUCACUCCUCUGGUAAGACUGGAUAUUUUGUCACCGGUCACAUUCAAGUUUCUUCCCCAGAUCUGAUUAUCUUACCCUCAAAGUUUGUUUCAUGUGCCGUGCAUUGCCAAGAAUAUUUUAAAGGAGUACACAAGGUUUGCUUUAAAAGGGCAAAAAGCAGGCGGCUCCUGAUGUGACUCUAAAUGUUGUUGUAGAUAUUUUACCUUGAGGCCAAGUCAAAUCCCUACAUCUCUGUGACAGGAGGCAGGGUUAUUAUGUCGAAAUGGAGUCACUAGUAGAUUUAAGUCCAAUCCAAACCCUUCCUAAGCCUCAGGAAGUGUUGGGAACCCGAGGACUAAGUCCACAAUCCAAAUACUUCUAUAAAAACAAAUCAAGUACUAUUAGAGGGGAUUUUGAGGAAGGUGGGAUUUACUGAAAGUACUGGAAGUAUACGAUUUCACAAAAUUGAGAGACAAAUUAACCAGAAGCAUAUUGACUUUAAGGUUUUUGGUCAGCCGGUGUAUGGUGCUUGUUUGGAUGUCAGAAAUGGGGUUACUCGGAGGAUUCAAAGUGCAUUUGGCAUUUGUGAGUGGACAAGCUGGCGAUCCUUUUCACGUGUCACCACCCCGGGCCAAAUCUCAAUUUUGUCAACAGUCCAUCUUCAAACGAUCAACAUUUCAGUCCGAGUUCAAGGUUUAAGCACAAGUCAUUAACAUUUUGAUGGUGAAUGAACACGCUUUAAAAAAAGACACAGGGAUCAACUAGAGUCAAAUAUCUUUCUUGCAAAAAAUAGGCCAUAAUACUACUCAAUCAAAUUGAGAAGGUUAAUGAUUGAUUAAUCUUGGCCUGUGAUGCUUUGGUAGUUGGGAUUUUUGCUGCUUCAGUUGCUGCCGUGAUGGAUGAAAGUGUACAGCAAAACUCCAAACUAUCCAAACCUUUAAAUUUGAAAGAUUUGGUAAAUAGUCCCUCUGGAGAUGUAAGAUAUGGCACAACAUACACAAACACUAAUACACACACAUACAAAGCACCCAGUUUGAAUUAGAGUUGUAUAACUGUGAGCAAAGGUCCAGCACACACACACACACACACACACACACACACACACACACAAACACACAUCCAAUGCCAGUUCUGAGAAGUCCAUGCACGAGGGCAGACAGUCACGGCUGUUUGUUCCAGCCUCUGUAUGAAUUUACAAUCUUUUUUUUUUUUUUUUAUUCGCACAAUCCGCGCACGACAUCUCAUCUCUGGCUCCGCCUCCUCUGCCUGUGUAUAAUCAAACAGUACUCCCAUUUAUGUUAACCUAACCUUUGCAUUGCUAUCAUUCAUUGUACAUGAUGGUUUCAUAUAAAAUCCACUGAUGGUUUCAUAUUAUAUCCACUGUAUAAUGGUGCUAUUUUGUAGUUUGUUACUUGCGAGAGACGGCUAAGAGACGGAUGGCAGGGCUUUUACCGGAGGUCUUCCCUUUUGCACAGCCUUGUGGCCACCAUUUUAAUAGUGUUUUUAUUUGUAAGCUGUUUCAAUAAGGUAGUAGUGUACGCGAGUAAAUGUAUCUGUGUGAAAUCUGUGAAUGCAUGAAGAAUUAAAAAUAAGAAAUUA